AAAGAAACAGCACCAGUCAGAUUUAAAUCUUUUCGUCUUUUCCUUUUAGCGAUUCUCUUCGAUGGAAGCGAAACAUCGAACAAGAUAGCCGAACUUAUUAUGAACGAAGGUGAAUUCGGCUUGACGGAGUUCCGGAUUGUCCGGGAUGAACAGUGGAAAUUCCACGGAAGUAUCUGAAGACACCGAUGCAGGGGCACGGCACGAGUUAGAAUUGGAAACAAAGGGAAGAUAUGGGACAUUGAAGUAUCGUGGUUGUCGUCAAAGACAUCCGGAAGAACGUCGAUCCUACCACGAUGUAGUGUCCAGCGAGUGUUGUUGCGAUCACAGACGGAGGCUGGAGUUACAGGAGCUUGAGAGGGAACCGAGAAGAAGAACGAAAAGUCAGGUGCGACGUUACGUACCCUGUAAUUACCCGCACGAAGCUUGGAAACACUUGAUAGAAAGGAGCAAUUACCCCAACAGUAUGAACGAUGCGUUAAACAAUUACGAACACUAUCUGACAAAUUUUACGAACCGAACGCCCAAGAAGUCGCAACACUUGUAUCCCUGCAAUCCUCAUCUGAGGAAAAGGCAAAUAAGCGUGCAUCGACGUCCGCGUAGAAACGAACACGAUCAAGUGACGUUGUCCAUCAUGAGAAACCCCAUUGAUUCCGACGGGGAAGCCAGACCCUGUUGGGAGUACGAACACCCGGUGAAAAAUAUACACAGCAGGGACGUCGAGGAGAUCGCUGAACAAUCGAACGAUCCAAAGAAUUAUCAGAUGACGAGAAUUUUAGGGAAUCUAAAUGUAACGAAGCACGUUCUGGAAAAUUGUACCCAGCAGAAGAAGGAACGAGCGUUGAGACCAGAAGCGUGGAUAUCGAAGCAGGGCGUUGACAAGGCGAGUAAAUUGGACGCGAACGGGAGGAAGCCAUUGAGCGACGAUGAGGAUCGCGAUUUCUGCCGAGGCAAAUUGAGAUUCGAUCUACCGGACUGCGAGAACGUCGAGGAGGAUCGAGAGAAUCAGACGAAAAGGAAACCCAACGCUUUACCGAAUAAACCUUUCGCGAUGAAAGGGAAUUUGAAGAACAGCAGCCUGCAGAACUUGCCAAGGAACAAGAACAUCGACGACUUGUUUAAACAGAAAAAUCUGACGAUCGAGCGUUCGCAAGAGGAGGCCGCGCAUAAAGAGACGGAGGAUCGAUGUGCGAACAAGCCGCGCAAACAACCAAACGUUCGACAGAGUUGCAGGCUCAGCGAGGAACUAGCUUGCAGUAACAGGAAAGAAGGCAGAGAAGGUGCGCCGUACGACUUAAUGGCAAAGGAUGAAGAGGAAGAAGAAAAUUCGAUUAAGAAGAACAUUUACGCCGGCGGAGACCUCGAACUUCACGCCACCAAAAGUCACAUUCUUGGUUUAAUCGACAGAGCAAUCAGCAACGAAUUUGGCAAUUUGUCCGAUCAGCAACAGAGUCUGGAUUCGAAUCGAGGAUUAACCGGACAAGAAAUCUGCAUAGAGAUAAUGCGUGUACUGCAAAGUAAUUGUUGUCCGUCGUUGGCAGAGGAUACGUUGGCUCAUCGUGAAUCGUCGGCCGAUUGCAUAAAACUGUUAAAGAUGCUUCGUUGGGAUCACAUGACUCAUAUACAGGAGGAGUUCCGAAAGCUGUGCAGUCUGCAAAAAUUUUUGGAUACCUAUUCGCCGAGACAAACGUUGCCUGUGUUUCAAUCGUAUCCGGUGGCGGUCGAACAGCAACGACCCGAGGAACGACAGCAACCCCAGCAUGAAGAGAAACAGAACUCUGGAACGAUUUAGUACCAGAUACAGUUAGGUUUUCUAUUUUCUCUAUUGUUUGCUAAUCUAUUUUCCGUCGGAACGUAUUUUUUGGAUCGAAUUAUAUAGGGCUGGGUCGUUAAUAAAACGCAUUCGGCAUAGAAUAAAAUAAAUAUAUAUUUUUCUAA